CUGCUCGGGGGCCGCCUCCUCACCGGCCUGGCCUGCGGCGUCGCCUCGCUGGUGGCCCCGGUCUAUAUCUCUGAAAUUGCCUACCCUGCAGUCCGGGGACUGCUCGGCUCCUGUGUGCAGCUGAUGGUCGUCAUAGGCAUCCUCUUGGCCUACCUGGCAGGCUGGGUCCUGGAGUGGCGCUGGCUGGCGGUGCUGGGCUGCGGGCCUCCGACCCUCAUGCUGCUGCUCAUGUGUGGCAUGCCCGAGACUCCGCGCUUCCUCCUGACUCGGCACAAGCGCCAGGAGGCCGAGGCUGCCGUGCGCUUCCUGUGGGGCUCUGAGGAGGGCUGGGAAGAGCCCCUCAUCGGGGCUGAGCACCAGGGCUUCCAGCUGGCCCUGCUGCGGUACCCAGGCAUCUACAAGCCCUUCAUCAUCGGUGUUUCCCUGAUGGCCUUCCAGCAGCUGUCUGGGGUCAACGCCAUUAUGUUCUAUGCGGAAACCAUCUUUGAGAAGGCCAAGUUCAAGGACAGCAGCCUGGCCUCGGUCGUCGUGGGCGCCAUCCAGGUGCUGUUCACAGGCAUAGCAGCCCUCAUCAUGGACAGAGCGGGGCGGAGGCUGCUCCUGGCCUUGUCAGGUGUGGUCAUGGUGUUCAGCACCAUCGCCUUGGGCACCUACUUCAAGCUGAUGGGGAGCAGCUCCAGCAACUCCUCCCACGUGGACCUCUUGGCACCCGUCUCAACGGAACCUGCGGAAGCCAGUGUGGGGCUGGCCUGGCUCGCUGUGGGCAGCAUGUGCCUGUUCAUCGCCGGCUUCGCGCUGGGCUGGGGGCCCAUCCCCUGGCUGCUCAUGUCCGAGAUCUUCCCUCUGCAUGUCAAGGGUGUGGCUACUGGCGUCUGCGUCCUCACUAACUGGCUCAUGGCCUUUCUGGUGACAAAAGAGUUCAGCAGCCUCAUGGACGUCCUGAAGCCCUGCGGUGCCUUCUGGCUCGCCUCUGCCUUCUGCAUCUGCAGUGUCCUCUUCACCUUGUUCUGCGUCCCCGAAACCAAAGGGAAGACUCUGGAGCAGGUCGCAGCCCACUUCGAGGGGCGAUGACAGCCCUCUACGCCUGGUGCGGCUCCCAGCCGGGCGUGAUGUGGCGUGGGCCUCAGGUGGAGCCCGGGCAGCGGGGAGCGGGGCCACA